UGCGAAGAGGUCAUGCGACUGAGAGAAGAAAAAACCGAGCGCAUGAGCGAAAAGAGGGUUUCUCUCUUUCCCCCGUUUUUUAAUUUUGGUUUUUUUUAACUCCUGCGCCGAUUCGCCGGAAAACGCCCCUCGAUCAGCCGGAAUCUGACGAACGCUGGCCGUUAGUAUUCUUCGCCGACCUUCCGCCUCCUCGUAUUCAUGCCGAAAGGUCAAGGAGCUAGGGUUUUCGAGCCGGACGAGACUCGCCCCCCCUGCCAUUUAAGGCGGUUAUUGCCCUAGGGUAAUGAGCCCUCGCAGGACCGUACGAUCUAGGGUCUGGUUGAUCAACGGCCGUGAUUUCAUCUCCGGAUGGAGGGAGCUAGCAUCUUAAACCUGCUCCUUCUGGGAUACACCCAUGGAUUAUGAUGACAGUGAUUUCCAAAGCCAGAAUUUUCAGUUAGGUGGUGAAGACAGCACAAAAUUUCCUCCUGGGUUACGGUCAUACGCACUUCCAAAAUUUGACCUUGACGAAAGCCUUCAGGUCCAUCUAAGGUAUGAUACUUUAGUUGAAACAGAGGUCUUACUAGGCAUCCAAAAUCAAGAAGAAAACUGUUGGAUAGAGGACUUCUCACGGGAAAAUAGUGGAAUAGAGUUCAGUUCAAGUGCCGCUGAAUCUUGCUCUAUUUCAAGGCGUAACAAUGUUUGGUCUGAGGCCACUUCAUCUGAAUCUGUUGAGAUGUUAUUGAAAUCAGUUGGGCAAGAUGAGAUGCUCACCAAACAAAUCAUCAUUGAGGAGUCAGAUUUCUGUGAUGGACUAAACAACUUAAACAACCAAAUGGAUCCCAGCUUGAAUCAAGACGAUUCCAUUGCCCCUAAGAUAGGGGAUAUAAUUGAUUCCAAUCCUACACUACCUCCUGACAAAUGUCUGGAAAACCUAUCGGAUUUGAGUACAGAUGCAGCAAGGAUUCUUGCUCAUGUUGAAGCACCCAUCCACCAAGAUGGUAAAUCUGAGUAUGGAAGUCUGGUGGACUUGGAUCCGAGUCCUGUCAACAAAAAGUUUGACUGUCACAUGAUUAGUGCUGCUGAGCAAGUUGACAUGGACCAGAAGGUUACUUCAUCCUCCAUGGAAAAUAAUGCACAUGAGAAUGAUCAUGUUUCUUCUGUAAGUGCAUUGGCUAGAGGGAAUCAUGAUGCCACCUUUGAGAGAAUGCAAGUGGAACCAUCAGGCAUAUCCAUGCAGAAUAUUACUAUAGGAGCUGCAGAUGGGUGCAUAAAGGUAGCAUGUUGUGAGAAGCCAGGGGAUUUGCUACAAGAUGGUGCAGAGAAAGAUAAAAUUCAAGUUUUGCGGGAUACUCAGAUGGAUGAUCAACAACAUGAGAGACGUGUAGUGGAAAGUUGUACUGGUAAUGCAGAGAAUCUUUCCAGUUCGGCUCUGAAUCUGGACUCUUCCGUGCAUAUAGCAGAAGAAUUAAAUGAGGUGUUGUCAAAAGCUGAUACUCAACAAAUGAAGAGUGGGAUUUUGAGCAAAGAUAGCAAGACGGGUGUUCAUUUUACAGGAAGCACACAGGAGGCAUCUUUUGUCGCAGUAGAAAUAGAUAAAAGUAUUGAAGGAAGUAACACUGGAAGCAGCAAUGAUGGUUUGGGAAAUCCUUGCAGUCCAUUGGUAAAGAUAGAUUCCUUUAUUCAAAUAACAGAACGAUAUAGUCACAAGAAGCCAGAGGAUUUAUCAAGAGAUAGUGGUUGCCCAGUUGAAAGAGUGAUUUUUAUCAAAGAGGCAGAGAUGGAUGUUCAGCUUAGAGCGAGUAAACUGGAGACAACUUUAUUAGUGGUGGAAGAAACACAAAAUUCUGAAGGUAGGUUAACUGAAAACAGAAUUAAUGAUGUGGGAAAUUUUUCCAGUGCAGUUGUGCAUUCUCCAACUAGCAUGAUUCAUGAAACAAGAGUGAAUGUAGAAAGUCUCAAUGAGUUGGAAGUCCAUGGGGCAGUCUUUAAUGCCCAGAAUCCAGAGCCUGCAUUGGUGGAGAAGGAUAUGCUAGUUAAAGUAAUUGAGAAGGAUAGCAGUAGUUAUCCAGAUUCUACUUUGAAUUUGUCAGGGGAUGUUCUACCAGAUCAAGCCCAUUAUAGUUCAGAGCGGCAUGUCUCAUAUCCCUGGCAUCAGAAGCUGCCACAAAAAUGUGACAGUAGUUUACCGGCUGCUGUGUUGAAUGAUGUUAAUACUGUUCAUUCAGAUGUUCCUAAUCUUGAAAAAGAGAAUGAAAGUUUAUCAACUGAUUCAGAAGGUAUUGAAAUUAAAAUCGAUGAUCCUCUGGUCAGGGAGAAGAGGGUAGAGGCUUCCUCUCCUGGUCAAAGUACAGCUACAUUAACUACUGAACAUAUUGUUGGGGAUGAGUCAGUGUCAACUGAAGAUGCCAUCUUGUUAGCAUCUGGUAACAAAAUGGAUGCAACUGUCCUUGUUGCUGCUGAUGUCUCUGGUCAGAAAGUACCUGAGAAAGAAGAAACGGUCCCUGGAGUCUCCACAGAGCCAUGUUUACAAAUUCUGACUGAGAACUGUAAGUCAGGGAUAGCUAGUGGGCCACUUCCUGCCUCUGAUUCUAGGCAACAUCCAGCUUGUAAUAGUGCGGCAGAAUCACCUGAGAUGCUCACUCAGUCAUUGUCUGCUGAGAAGUCUUUUCAUUCUAUACACCGGGAGGAACCUGAAGCAUCUAUGGCUAUCAAAGCCACUCAGAAAUGUGCAAAGGAGUUGGAAGGCCAUCCUACUGUCCAUGCAUCUGUUGUGACAGAAAUUGAUGGCUCCAAAUUAUUAGGAAAUUCUUGUGAGAAGUACAAAGUAACAACCUUGCAAGUUACAGGGGAAACAGCUUGCAAUACUGAGAUACCCACCCAGCCUAUACCUUCAUCUGUAGAUGGAUCUUCUCAUGGAAUUGGCCAGAACAAUCAACACGAAGGUGAAGCUAAUUUGGUAUCUGGAGAUGCCAGUGGUGGGAGGGUGCUGCUUCUGACAACAGAAGGUGAUGUAUUGAAUCGGGUUGAACAAAGCUCUUCUAAACCUGCUACUUCGUCUGAUGCCACGGAAACUGCCAAUGGUAGUCCAACUUCUGGUGAAACCAAGUGUGAUUCACCUACUGUUAUUAGUUGUAGCGAGCCUUCACAGAAUGAAAAGGAGCAACUGGAUGGUGGUGAGAAAGAGUCCUUAGAUCAAAAUGACCCUGUUUCUAAGGACCUGCCUCAUAUUCCCUCUGACAUUAAUCGGCAUGCUGACAAUGUUAAAUCUACUUCUGAAGAUGACAGGAGUUUCACAUUUGUGGUUGGCUCACUGGCAGAUCUGUCUGAAAGAGAAAGUGGCAAAGGGUGGAAACCAUUUUCCAAUAUCAAACCAUUUGAAUUACCUCAGACCGGAGAAGGGUCUCCAACAACACCCGUAUUAUGCCAAGCCAGUUCUGUGAAUUUACAAGAAACUUCUCAUGGAAGUCGUAAAGUAUCUGAUGAACAGAGAGUGCGUCGUGGUACCAAGGGUAAAGGUAAGGAUAAAACUAGGUUAGCUGAUAGUGCGACUGAAAGGGGAACUGCUACUGGAGGGAAGCCUGCUAAAGAAACAUCUCGUCCAAAGCAAACAGUGGAAAAGGAUGUUAACCAAUCCAGUGCAUCGGCUUACUCAAAUGGAACUAUAAACAGGGCUAUGCAAGUUGAAGAGAGGAGGCAAUAUGCAUAUGUUGAUGGCAGUAGUACAAGAUCAUCUUCUGUUCCGACCAUUCAAGCACCUGGUCUUCCAGAUUUGAAUACUUCGGCUUCUUCACAAAUAUUAUGUCACCAGCCUUUCACUGAUUCACAGCAAGUGCAAUUGCGUGCUCAGAUAUUUGUUUAUGGAUCUCUGAUUCAGUGUACACCACCUGAUGAGUCCUGUAUGGUAUCAGCCUUCGGAGAUGUGAGCCGGGAUGGCGGGAGGAGCAUGUGGGAGAAUUCAUGGCGUGUUUCUGUGGAAAGAUUUCACAGUCAGAAAUCACUGCUUAGUAACCUUGAGAGCCCGCUGCAAUCUCGAUCAGGUGUCCGCGUUUCUGAACAAGUAUCAAGGUGCAGUCCCCUACAGAACAAAACCCUUAGCACCCCAACUAGUCGAACUGGCAGCAAGGGUGCCCCACCAGCUAUUGUAAACCCCACAACGCCUGUACCAUCCUCGGUAUGGAGUUUUUCUACCCCUUCUCGUGACGUCUUUCCAUCCAGCAGCAUGCCAAGAGGCCCACUCCUGGAUUCUCAUCCAUCACUCUCGCCGUUGCCGCCUUACCAAUCUCCCUACACAAGGCCCUACUUAGGAAACAACAGUGCUUGGCUCCCUCAGGCUUCUACUGGUCCUGCACCCUGGGCUGUUUCUCCACGAACUCCAGCACUUGCUGGUGUACAUUAUUCUUCUUUGCCAAUUGCGGAAGCAGUUCAAGUAGCAUCAGUUCGGGACCCACCUGCUCCGCGUCUCUCCAGCGUGCAGCUUGCAUCUCCGAGUUCUUUGCCUCCUACUGUAGGUCCUAUAAAUGUUCUCUCCGGUACAACUGCACUGGCAGAGGCUACUAGGACAAACAUAUCACCUGCCAAGCAUGCAUCUGCUGAUCAGAAACCGCGGAAGAGAAAAAAGAGAUCUGUCGCUGAGGAACUUGGCCAGAUCUCCACAGUCACUCCAGCUCGAACAGAACCAGUUUCUGCUACUGCCAUUGGUAAACAUUUUACUACAUCCUUAGGGAUUCCGUCACCUGCACAAUCUAUAUCUAUAGAUACAGCUAGUUCUCCAGUUUCAACUACUGCUCCCGUUGUAUCUUCCACACAUUACCAGAUAGUAGGCAGUGGUGACAAAGGUCAGAAGGUUAUCUUCUCCGAGGAGACAUUCAGUAGAAUUGAGCAGGCUAAGCUGCAUGCUGACGAUGCUGCUGCUCUCGCUGCUGCUGCUAUCAGGCACAGUGAAGGAAUAUGGAGUCAGCUAGCCAUCCAGAAGAAUUCUGGAUUAGUUUCGGAGGUUGAAGCAAAACUGGCUUCUGCAGCUGUUGCAGCAGCAGCAGCUGCUUCUGUAGCGAAGGCAGCGGCAGCAGCUGCUAAGGUUGCGUCUGACGCUGCUUUGCAAGCUAAACUGAUGGCGGAUGAGGCUUUGAAUGUGCCUCCAAUGGGAAAUUCCUCCUGGGGUCCUGAAACUGCUCUUCCCGAUGGCAGAAAGAAUUUUGGCAAGGCAAAUCCUUCAUCAGGUCUGAAGAGCAAGGGCGAAACCGCCAGUUCUGGUUCAACUAUUGUUGCUGCACGGGAGGCUGCUCGGAAGAGGGUUGAAGCUGCGUCAGCUGCCACAAAACGAGCGGAGAACUUUGAUGCAGUAGUGAAAGCAGCAGAAUUGGCUGCAGAGGCUGUAUCGCAAGCAGGAGCAGUCAUUGCAAUGGGUGAUCCUAUACCUUUAACACUGAGCGAAUUAGUAGAAGCUGGACCAGGGGGUUACUGGAAAGCAGAAAAAGUUUCUGUUGAGCACUCGGUGAAAGAAAACAGUACGCAUAGAGGAGAGCAGUUGAACAAGGAUGGUACUGAUGAAGGUAUUGAUAGAUCCAUUAAAAGUUCCAAUAGAAGGCCACUGAAUACGAAAGAAACCCUGCAAAUUAGAAACGAAGGGAAUGCACCUUCAAUAGAACUCUCCGUGGAGAAUGAAGCAAGGAUGGUAAAUGGGAUACUUCAGGGUUCUGUCGCAGGGGAAGGAGGCCUGGCAGGACAAAAAGGUCGUAAAACGUCUGAUCAUGCUAAAACUGUUGGGGUUAUCACUGAAUUGGAGGUUGGAUCAAGAGCAGCUUCUUCAAAUAUCCAAAAUGGUGAAGGUGAAAGGCAUCAGCAGAUGGGGACAUCUAAAGAGAUUAAGGAGGCAUCCCUUGUUGAGGUUGUUCGCGAUGCGGAAGGUUGCAGGGGUGUCUGGUUUUCAGCCAAGGUACUUGGCUUGAAGGAUGGGAAAGCUUAUGUAUGUUACAAUGAACUUCUGCAGGAUGAAGGCCCAGAUCACCUAAAGGAGUGGAUACCUCUUGAAGGAGGGGGUGAUAAAGCUCCCCGGAUACGCAUUGCUCAUCCUAUGACUGCUGUGAAAUUCGAAGGAACGAGAAAGAGACGCAGGGCAGCUAUUGGGAACUAUGCAUGGUCUGUUGGAGAUCGGGUGGAUGCUUGGAUGCAGGAUGGUUGGUGGGAAGGUAUUGUUACAGAAAAGAGCAAGGAAGAUGAGACAAAAUUGACUGUUCAUUUUCCAGCUAAAGGAGAUUUUUCCAUCGUUAGAGCUUGGAAUCUUCGGCCAUCUCUCAUUUGGAAGGAUGACCAAUGGAUGGAAUGGUCAAGGGAAAAUAAUUCCUUGCCCCACGAGAAUGAUACUCCCCAGGAAAAACGUCAAAAGCUAGGUCGGCUUGAAGUCGUGAUUGGCCCCCAAAUCGAGGCUGGAGGGAACAAUAAGCUGUCAAAUGAACUAAGCGCUGGGGAUUCGAGAACACAUGAAGAGUCAAGGCCACUGCCAUUGUCUGCCAAGGACAAAAUAUUCGCUGUUGGGAAGAACAUCAGGGAGGAGAACAAUGCGGACGCAGUCAGGGUGAAGCGGACUGGCCUGCAGAUGGAAGGAUCGAGGGUGAUUUUUGGGGUUCCUAAGCCUGGAAAGAAAAGAAAAUUCAUGGAUGUAAGCAAGCAUUACGUUGCAGAUAAGUCUGCAAAGAUAAAUGAAGGAAUCAGAACUGAUUCGAUUAAAUUCACAAAGUACCUGGUGCCGCAAGGCACUCUUGGAUGGAAAAAUUCUUCUAAAGUUGAUACCAAGGGAAAACGAGAACAAGCUGCUGCCGACUCCAGACCUAAAGUGCCCAAAUCUGGAAAAGCUCAGAGCAUUUUGAGCAAGAGUUUAUCUGAGAAGGACAGUUCUUUGAUCUCUGUUGCCUCUGCUUUGACUGGUGGCACCGGUCAGGAUCUUUUAACGAAUGCAAAAGCGUUCGCUGGCCAUGAACGGAGCAGUUUAGAGACGUCAACUCUCAAAGCAGGUGAGGGCCUCCUGUCAUUUUUGUCAGCACCUGUGUCGGAUGGUCUGUCCUCCAAGAAGUCAUCUUCAGCAAUUGAAGGAGACACUGGGACAAGAAGAAAGCUUGCACCUGGUAGAAAGGUGGCGAGAGAUGAUGAGAAGUGCUCUAGCCGUACUGAUAAUCCUGGAAAGCUAAUUCCUGAUGCUGCUGAGCCCCGGAGGUCCAAUCGCAGAAUUCAGCCGACGUCUAGGCUACUGGAAGGGCUACAGAACGCCUUGAUUGGUACAAAGAUUCCCUCUUUUUCGCGUGGAAAGGGUGUCAAAGCCGGCCAACACAGAAGUACAUCUUCUUCUUCCCGAGGGAAUUACCAUGGUUGAGGGGGGGAAGGUACUUGCAAUUGAUUUCUCUGGAAAGCAGCAGGAUGACGGAAAACCCUAGCAUUUGUAGUUUGUGUAUAUAUAUAAUAUAUAAAAUCUGAUAGGGGUCACAGCGCAAUUGAACUUGAUAUCCUUUGUUUCUCAUGGGCGCCUAGGAUGUAAUCUGUCAUAGAAGUUAGUCCAUCAGUUCCAAUGUCUUUGCUGCUGCUGCUGCUGCUGCUGCUUGGAUACUUUCAUGCAGGUAUGCACUGAAUUCGCAGGAACUAACAGGUUUUCAGCGGCCAUGCAGUGCCGGGCAUGACAAUCUCGCCAAUUGUUUUACCUGAGAAGUUUUAGAUGCAAUGGAUGUAUGGAUGGCGCAGACGAGAGGUGUUGGAACAAGAUUUGUGGGCCAUCCAUCAGUGGGUUGUAAAUGUUGACGGGCCACCGUGUUGAACAGUGGGUUAAAAUGGAAAGAUUGAUGUCAUGUUUGAUGGAUGGAUUGCUGACUGUUUGUCACCACAAUACCAAAGAGUUCACCGUCUGCUAUAAUGUAUGGGCGAAGGAUGGAUUACCUGGAAUUGCUUUGAAACAUCAAGACCAUACAUCUUUGCCCAUGGAUGGGUGAUCGGGACAGUUGAUUAGGUGCUUCAUGUUGAGUGUGGAAAAGAGCCACCGUUUAUUGGAAGAUGCUUGUUUCUCUACAAGUCCCUGUAGUAUAAGCUUAUUUAAUAGGUCAUUCAACUAUGUUUAAAAAGUUGCUCUCCGGCGUGUAAAAGUUAUUUAGCUGCUUAUUUCUCUGGCUUAUAUAUGCUAUUGCCUGUGGGUGGGGGGGCUGGCUGUUGUGUA